CAGUUUGGCUCAUCCACGUGCAACCCAUCGCCCGAACACGGACCCACUUGAUCAGCCAGUUUUGCAAAGUUUAUCAUCAGCCAUCAGUCCCAAUGCAGUUUAGCGCGCAUCGGGAUCGUUCCCAUGGAUUGUCACACUGCAGAUGAGACUUCCGUUGCUUUCUUCUUCUUCUUUGACCACUUUCAUGCUUUGUUUCAUGCACAAUGUGAAUGGGUUGUAUAUUGGGUGCUAUUUGGGGAUAUAAUCAAAUUGACAGAUUUCUUUCAAGGGUGGAGAGGUUGGAUGGAUGCCUUGCGUUUUGUGGGGAAUGUGGUUUGUUUUGGGUACUUACUGGUAUAUAUUUGGGUGGGUGAUAGGUCAGAUGGGGGUUACUAUGGGGGUGAGAGUAGUACGAACUUAACACAUAGUAGUAGGAAAGAGUUUGGGCAGAUGAUGUUUCACCUACUAUGGGUUUGUUUAGGUGGCUUUAGGUUUAUGUCUUACAAGUAGGCCGUGUUUCUAGAAUAUGGUGGGCGUUUUAGUUGAUGUUGUUCUUAACGACGGGGCAGAGAUUGCAUAACUCUAUUUUCGGGUUCUUGGACAACUGCCAUUGUAUGAACGAUGAUUUCCGAAUAUAUUGAAAGAAC